ACAACACGUGCUCGGUUCCCACUGAUACUCAGCCCUGUCCGUCUCAACAUGUCUGAUUCUCUGAGGCGACGUUUCCUGGCGUUGACAGUGGCGACUGUUGUGUCUAUAGGAGUCCUACACUAUCUAAUGAACACCUCGAGGCGAAGUGACACCACCGAUAAUGGCUGGGACCUACUGUUUGAAAGGAAGCUCGCCAAUACUUGGUUGGUAUUGGUAGGUCGUGCAGGGAACACGACCAGGCCGCUGGUACAACAGGGUGUAAACAUCGUGUUUGUCGGCAGUGUGGACCUGUCUGGAGAAAUACCUUGGUGUCGAUCACCGCGCUGUAUUUACCUUGGCGUCACAAAUCAAGGCAGAUUCGCUAACAACAUAACAAGUCACCUACCACCCAGCACCUAUUCAAAGAGACUUCUCGGCUACCUUUAUGCAGUAUCCAAAGGAGCAAAUGUUAUAUAUACAAAGUACAUCUACAAUCAGAAGGAACACCACAAACUCCGUACUCUGACCACAGACAACACGUACUCGGUCAUGGAGAUGUUCCUCGAUAGACAAAUUACAAGCGAGAUGAAGCAGCCCUGGACCAAAGGACACUCUGACCUCGUGCCAUGGUUCUUGUACUACAAGUACACUUUACUGUGUCCGAACAGUUGUGUUCCAGAUGACGACGUAAAUACAACGACAUCCUUCCUUCACAGACAGGCUCAUGAUCCUUCUGGGUUCACCUUGCUGUACUCGUCUGUUGCUUCCUUCAAAUACUCCAUGUUUUGGGGACUGGUAUUCCACAAUCUAUAUGGCGCCUUGGGCAAGGUAUUAAUACAGAGACUUUUAUCCGAAGUUAAGGGAGCAGAAAAUAUUCCGAGAGACUUCACUGAUCUAUUGUUCACAGAAGCCCCGUGGAAACACGAAGAAAACAGGAAGGCACGAAAUUAUUCGUCGGAAGAUCUAAGACAUUUACGAGAUAUGCUACUGAAGUGGAAAUGUCAUAACACAUUAUCUUUCUUCGGCUGUGUGAGAGACAUUGCCAGAACUCUGAUACAGGGCACGUUGUGGACCGUGUCUGAUAUGAAACUUGUACACGCAUGGCUGAGUGACUUGCAGAGUGUUGGCUACACUGAGCCUGUCAGGAACCUGCCAGGAGAUGGAAUUAACACGGUGUCCAGUCUGACACAUGAUACUUACCCUGUGCUAAGACCAGGACAGCAAUCUUUUUCUGAACAGUGCCCUGAUGUUGCUGUAACAAAUGCAGAUCCUAUAAUUACAGAUAUAUGUCUUAUCAUAGCUUUCAACGAGGCGUAUUUUUACACAAAUAUACCUCUUCUUGAAUCAAUGUAUAGGGGUUACUUCAAACAUAUUGUAUAUUGUGGACCUGAUAUUGGCUCAUUUACGUAUCACGCGAGUCGGGGAUCGGAUAUUCUUCAUCUUACGUUUAUUGAGGCUUACAGCAAGGGGUGGUAUUUCUAUUAUGAGUGUUUAAUGCUAGCGAUGCAACUCAAUUUAGAUGUGAAUGGAUACAUACAGAUUGGUGAUGAUACAUUACUAAACCCAUGGAAUGUUGUUGAUCUGCCUCGGAAUGUGACAUGGCUUCAUAAGGGAAUGGACAAGCUGAACUUGUCGCUCGAUGAGAUUGAACCAGAGUGGGUAUGGUGGACCUAUGAAUACGGCAAAUCCGCCAUCUUAGAAACAUUCGAUGAAAUCAAUAACAUGACCACUUCCGGUGCAGCAGACGACACUUUUCGUUCAUAUAAACAGACAUUUGAAAGAAACACAGAGAACUAUACGUACAUAUUUCGCCAAGGCUGUGAUUUCAUUUACCUGCCAAAGAUUUUCAAGAACCAGUAUCUACAAGUUGCGGCUGUGUUCUUCAAGCACGAGGUCAUGGUGGAGUUGGCCCAUGUCAAUAUUGUCAUGGGACUUCAGCCGUCGGAGGAGAUCUUGAAGGUCGAAGAUGGCAGUUUGUGGAUGACUGGCCAAAGAACAUUCUCUAUCUUUUUCUUCAACAAAACAAAUCUUUUUCUACACCCUUUCAAACUAGGAACGGUUGAAAAACAUUUAACGACUGACUUUUUCUGUAAUAUUUAUUUUAAUGUGAGUGAAAGGUAUCUUAGACACAACAUCGGAUUACAAUAGCAAUUCUGAAAUGUACUGUCAAAUGUUCCAUGUUGGAUGCUGGCAUCACCGUGUCAUGGAUAGUUCAUCAAAGAUCCUCUCACUGGUGUUAGUGUGAGAGGACAGCCGUCUACACAGAUGACAACUACAUAUCCGAUGUCAACGUGUUAUCCCAAAACUGAUUUACUGUAAAACGACGUUGAUGUCAAGGGUGGUGGCGCUGGACGGCUACCACUCCUAACGAACUUUGCACUGAACUGCAGGAACAAUGGGAUGAAAUGAACCAAGCUGACAGUGGACGUUUCAUAAAGAGUUGCGUCGAAGAAUCCGACAUCGUGAACAUAGAGGUGGUUUCACGCGAUAUUACUCUGACUUUCCAUGGUUAAUGACGUAGCAGACAUUGGCCAAUCAUCUAACAAAAGCUGUUGUUUAUCUGCCGUUCAACGACAAAUGCAAAUCUCAGGCAGAUGUCCACUAUUUACCUAAUCAAUUAUCUAAAAUAUCAAAAUGACCUUCUUACAAACGACAUUACAAGGAGACCAUGUGUUGUGUGAAGAUUCCCACCUCAAGUCCUAUUUGGAAGCUUCUGACUGACUGAGUUUGGUUUUACGCCGCUUUUAAGCAAUAUUCCAGCAACAUCACGGCGGGGGACACCAGAAAUGGGCUUCACACAUUGUACCCAUGUGGGGAUUCGAACCCG